AUGAAAGUAAUCCUGGUUCUGAGUUUCCUGGCCUGCCUGGCUUUCUCUCUGGCCCAUCCCCAGGUGGGACACGGAUCCAUCAAUGGACCCAGUGGCCGCUUUCCCAUGACCAGAAAUUGGGCUGCACCACCUGUAGAUCUGAGUAAACCAAUUAUUUUCCUGCCAGAAGCCACGCCCAUCCAUGAAGUCCAGGAAUCCCGAUCUGUCCAGACCAGGAGCCGCAAGUCCGCAUAA